UCUUGAACAUUCUGUUUGGCCUCCAAUCCCACCCUGCCUCACCAGACCAGCUUCUCCAUGCCAGCUGCGUAGAGAACCGUCCAAAGAAUGUCUGAUCCCAAGCUUCUAGACAUCCCAGCUGUGAUCUUUGACAAUGGGUCUGGAUUAUGCAAGGCUGGCAUUGCUGGGGACAGUGCCCCAAGGGUGGUCAUCACAGCAAUUGUUGGCCGCUCCAAAGCCAAAGCCACAAUGCUUGGUGCUGGCCAGAAGGAAUUUUACAUUGGAGAAGAAGCUCAGUGCAAAAGGGGCGUCUUGUCACUGAAUUACCCCAUUGACCAUGGCAUCGUGACAUCUUGGGACGACAUGGAGAGGAUAUGGAGGCAUGUCUACGAGUGUGAACUGAGGAUCAAAUCCAGCGACAGACCAGUGCUCUUGACCGAAGCCCCGCUGAAUCCUCUCCAGAACCGGGAGAGAAUGACGGAGAUCAUGUUUGAAAAUUUCAAGGUGCCUGCUAUGUACGUUGCUGUCCAGGCUACUUUGGCACUCUAUGCAUCAGCACGGACCACAGGGAUAGUCAUAGACAGUGGGGAUGGUGUCACUCACACAGUCCCCAUCUACGAAGGCUACUGCUUGCCACAUGCUGUCUCCAGGUUGGACGUCGCUGGGCGGGACAUCACUGAGUACUUCAUGAGGCUCCUUCUGGAGAGCGGGCUUUCCUUUGUCAGCACAGCAGAAAGGGAAAUCGUGAAAGACAUCAAGGAGAAGCUCUGCUACGUGGCUUUAGAUCCCAUCCAAGAAAUGAAAGCUAAGCCAGAAUACCUUCUCAGAGAGUAUAAACUACCAGAUGGCAAUAUCAUCAGGAUCGGAAGCCAACUCUUCCGAGCCCCUGAAGCCCUUUUCGCGCCAGCUAACAUUGGUGUCGAUGCUCCCGGAGUCCACAAAAUGGCUUUCAACAGCAUCAUGAAAUGCGACAUUGAUGUCCGCAGAGAUCUAUAUGGGAACAUUCUCCUCUCGGGUGGCUCCACCUUGUUUUAUGGCUUGGAUGAGCGUAUCCUGAAGGAAAUGCAGCUUCAAGUGCCGAUCGGGAUAUCGGUAAGGAUCAUUGCCCCGCCAGAGAGGAAGUACUGCGUGUGGAUCGGGGCCUCCAUCUUGACUUGCUUGACAUCUUUCAGACAAAUGUGGGUCACCCUCAACGAUUACAAAGACUUUGGCCCAGGCGUCGUUCACCGGAAAUGUUUUUAAGACUGACGGCCUUCACCUGUGAUCUUGCUAGAACAAAAGGAGCUCAAGAAAGGCCACAAACAGGUGCACUUCCCAAAUAUUUUCGUUUUUUAGAAAGAGAUUCAGCUGUUGUCUCUUUGGAUUUAUUGGCUGGCCAAAAUUUAAAAGAAAAUAAAAAGAGAAACACACAUUUGGAUCAUA